AGCCAACCUCUCUCUCCUCUCUCACAACACCCCCACAAACCACCGUCAUGAAGGCCGUCUUCGUCGGAAAGACCACCCGCGACCUCGUCGACCGCGACAUCCCGACCCCGGGCCCCAACGAGGUCCUCAUCAAGAACGUCGCCGUUUCGUCCAACCCCAAGGACGCAAAGCUCCCGAUCUUCAUUCCUGGCUACGAGGCCAUCGAGGGCAACGACAUCGCUGGAUACGUCGAGGCCGUCGGUUCCGACGUCACUCGGUUCAAGAAGGGCGACAAGGUCGCCGCGUUCACCGUCAUGAAGACCCACGACAAGUACGGAGCCUAUGCCGAGUACUCGGUCUCUCCCGACAACACGGCGUUCCACCUCGGGCCCAACACGUCGUUCGAGGACGCGGCGGCGCUCCCGCUCGCCUACAUCACGGCCGCCAUCGGCCUCUUCAAGCGGCUCCAGCUCCUCGAGCCCGGCCAGAGCGGCGACCGCGACGGCGCAGUGCUCGUCUACGGCGGCGCGACGACGGUUGGCGUGUACGCGAUCCAGCUUCUCAAGGCCGCCGGCUACCACGUCGUCGCCGUCGCGGGCGCCUCUCAAGCCGUCGCGACCUCGUACGGCGCCGACGAGGUGAUCGACUACCGCCACAAGAGCAACGACGAGCUCGUCGACGCGAUCGCGGCGUCGCACGGCGGCAAGGGCGUCACGCACGUGUACGACGCCGUGUCGGAGCACGGCUCGACCCAGGCCUCGCUCGGCGCACUCAUCAAAUCAGGCCGCGGCGGGCGGUACACCUACGUCCUCCCGAUCGACGACGCCGAGCUCGCGUUCCUCCCCGCGACGAUCAAGCACGAGCGGACGCUGUGCGCUACGGCGCACGAGGACGAGGGCGAGUUUGCCCAGCGGUGGUUCGACUGGGUCGGCGACAAGAUGGACAAGGGCGAGUUCCGCGCGCAGAAGGUGACGGUCGUGCCCGGUGGGCUCGAGGGCGUCAAGGAGGGCUUGAGGCGCCUCCAGGAGGGAGAGGUGCACGGCGAGAAGCUCGUGUACCGCAUCAACGAGACGCCUGGGCUCGCCUGAGAGUUCUCUCUCUCUCUCUCUCUCUCUCUUUUUCUCUCGCGCUCGUUCCCCCUCGUUCAUAGUUCCCCCCCCCCCCCCCUCUCACUCGUUCAUAGCCCUCACUCGUUCUGUGUAGCUCUCUCUCGCACUGCAAGCUGUGCCCGACGUC